AUGGCAUCUCUGACAUCUGCAGGAGCCUGGGUGUUGAUCUUUAGCCUGGGGGUGGUUGGCAGUCAGAACAUCUCAGCCAGGAUUGGGGAGCCCUUGGUGCUAAACUGUAAGGGGGCUCCUAGGAAACCACCCCAGCAACUUGAAUGGAAACUGAACACAGGCCGAACUGAAGCUUGGAAAGUUCUCUCUCCUGAAGGGGACUCUUGGGAGAGUGUGGCCCGAGUCCUUCCCAAUGGCUCCCUUCUCCUGCCAGCUGUUGGGAUCCAGGAUGAAGGGACAUUCAGGUGCAGGGCAACCAACCGCCAUGGGAAAGAGAUCAAGUCCAACUACCGACUCCGUGUCUACCAAAUUCCAGAGAAGCCAGAAAUAAUAGACCCUGCCUCUGAGCUCAUUGCUGGGAUCCCCAACAAGGUAGGAAAAUUGAUGAGGAAGCCAAGAAGGGGAAUUCUGGUGUACCAGGUAGGAACAUGCCUGUCAGAAGGGGGAUACCCAGCAGGGACUCUUAGCUGGCAUCUGGAUGGAAAGUCCCUGGUGCCUGAUGGGAAAGGAGUGUCUGUGAGGGAGGAGACCAGAAGACACCCUGACACAGGACUUUUCACAAUACAGUCCGAGUUGACAGUGACCCCAGUCCGAGGAGGCCCUCUGAACCCCACCUUUUCUUGUAGUCUUAGCCUUGGUCCUAGGAGCCCUGGACGACGGGCCCUCCACACAGCUCCUAUCCAACCCAGUGUCUGGGAACCUGAACCCUUGGAGGAAGUUCGACUAAUAGUAGAGCCAGAGGGUGGAGCAGUGGCCCCUGGAGGGGCAGUAACCCUGACCUGUGAGGCCCCUGCCCAGCCCCCACCACAAAUCCACUGGCUCAAGGACGGUUCUCCUCUAGCCACUGCCCCCAGAUCCGUACUGUUCCUUCCUGAGGUUGGAGCCCAAGACCAGGGAAUAUACAGUUGUGUUGCCACUGACCAAAGUCAUGGGUCAAGAGAAAGUCCUGGUGUUAGUGUCAGCAUUAUUGGUGAGAGAAAAUCUUCCUGUCCAAUCUCCCAAAACAGACUGAAGCAUGAAUCAGAGACCAAGCUUCAGGUCUCAAUUCUCUAUCCUUUACCAGCUUCCUCUAACCACACUGCCCCCAGGAAGUAACCAGACCCUCUGCCAACAAGUUCCUGCUCCACUGUCAGGAAAGCAAGGGUGUUUGGUUAGGGGGAAGGGGGACAGAAGAGGAGGAAUUCUUCACUACAAAACUGAGAAAAACAGGCCUUAAGUUCAUUGGGACCUUUUCUCUGCCCUCCUUCACAUUCUAGUUCUACUCCCCCUAACUAAGACUCAUUUGAUUUUCAGAGACUGGAGAAAAUGGCCAAGAAGAAGGUAGGGAUCAUGAACCUGGAGGGGGGGGGGAGGCAAACUGGGAAUAAUAAAGAAGC